CACUCGCAUCCAUCACCAACCGUUCUACAGCAUAUACGGCAUAUACAGCAUCUCCCUCAACCCGCAACCUCCACCUCACCUCGAGAACAACAAAUCCGAUGGUCCCCCAGAACAGGGUCCCCAACCCUGGACAGACCCUUCCCCCUCCCCCACCACCACCUUGAGAGCAGCAACACAGCAGCACCACGCACACCAAGCUCACAAUCAACCAACCAACCCACCUACCUAUUUCCUCAGCAUACAAAAUGACCUACCCCUCCACCCCGACCCCCUCGGGGUUCCCCCCCUCCUCCUCCGGCCUAUCCUCCACCACCUCCCCAUUCACAACCCCACUCACCCAAAACACCGCCCCGGUCAUCAAACACCGCUGCCUCUUCACGCACGACACGCGUCGCAAGGCCAAACGCUGGCAGGACGGGUACCUGCGCUACCACACCUUCAACAAACGCAUCAUGGCCUACGACACGAGCGGCAACUUCAUCGGAGAUCUGCACUGGCGCCAGGACGCGGCCGUGCAGGACGGCGACGAGCUCGAGCUAGAUCGCGGCGUCUUGGUGCAGGUCUGUGAGGCGGUGGGGCGCUCGGAGACGGAUCUGGGGGCUGUGCUGUCGCAUUCACAUCCGACUUCGCAUUCGAAUGGGGUGGGGGGUGGAGGGAAUGGGAAGAGAGGGUUUGGUGCUGCGAGUACGCAGGGCUCGUUGGCGGGGUCACAACAGCAGCAGCAGCAGUCUAUGCGGUCUUUGAAUGAUUUGCUGGGGAUAAAGAAGACAACGCCGGCUUUGGGGGGAACGGGCUCGGGGACUUCGGGGACAGCUGCGACGCGAGUUAUGCAAGGUCCGGAUCGCGGGGGCGGAGAGCUGUCGGCUGCGCGUGCUGCGAAACGGCAGAGGGUUGAUGGUGGUUUGGGUUCGGGUUCGGGUGCUGUGGAAGGAGGAUUGUUCGCGCAGCAGCAGAUCCCCUCUCGUCGUGUACUGGCUCAGCCGGUUCAGCCUCGACCGCGGCCGGCGGUCGUUGACCUGACGGGUUCGUCGACUGCGCUGGUGACGAAUCCAGGUGCUACUGCUACCGCGACUGCUACAUCCACAAGGCUGCAGAGCCACGAUCUUGGACGACAAAGAGCCGACCAGAGGACAAGUGUACAAGCUGCUACUACGAGGAGCAUGUCUCGCGAAGAGGGGAGUACCAUUCCUCCUCAACGACAAGCAUUGCGCAAUCAGAACAGCAAUCCUCCACAGCUACCGUCGUCACGCGAAGAGAGCAACUCAGCGCCAGAAGAGCCACCCGUCCUUCUCCGACUCUCGACCAGCAAACCCCGCAAGAAACUCAUGUACUCGGCCCUACUCCCCGGUGGCGGUGGAAAAGUCGCCAAACCAGCUUCAUCCGCACCAGCACCAGCACCAGCCAAAAACAACAACAACCCUCCACCCCCCGCACAACCACCCACAACCACCGCCGCCACUCCACCAAAACCCCACGACUUCACCCCCUCGACCUCAACCCAAACCAUCCUCAACGACCUAAUCACCGCACCACCACGCGUCCCGCCCAACCCAAGAAACCACACUCCCACAACCACAAAACCAAACAUAAACCCGCUCAACCCCAAGCCCAACCCAAGAUCGAACAUCCCAACGCACACCAGCCUCCGCAAGUCCUACUCCGACCCCACCGCCCUAACCACCACCACCGUCCACAGACCCAACCAUCCAACCCUCCCAGACCCCGCCGGCGAUGACCCCUUUGACCAAGGGCCCUGGACCCGCGAGGCCCUGGAUCUCUUUGAUUUCUGGCCAGCGGGGCGGGCGAAGCCUGUUUAGUUGACCCCCAUCCAAUUCAUUAAGUUGUUGGGGGGUUGAUGGGAGAGGAUGAGAUGGGGGCUGGGUGGGUAAUAGAAGCGGAGCUGUACGGCUAUAUAUGCCGCAUGCCCUGCCCUGUCCUGUCCUCUGCAGGAUGGGAGUGGAUGGAU